CUGAAGAACCUUAUUGAUCCUGUGACAAAAAUUGGGAAAUUUAUCUGUAAGGGAGUGAGGUAACAAAUAUAUUUUUAAAAGUUAAGGGUAGUGCUUUAAUUUUUUUUUUUUACCCAUAAAACAUUACAAUGAUAUGUCAGGAAACUUUAUUCUCUAAAUGUGGGGAAGUCCAAGAACUGGAAACUUGGGCAGAGGGAGGUUUAAGCUCUGUCUUAAAUAGGCACUUUUGCACGCAGUGCAAGGCAGAGUCCGUGAACGGGGUCUUAGUGGGCUGACAGAUACUGACCUUUGCAUGUCUUACAUAUGGCUUAGAGCCCCCGCCACUUUUAGAUCUAUGCUAAAAGUUCUUGAGGUCCAGAAGAGCAAAAUAGAAUAGCCAUAAAAAUAGAACAAGGUGCAGCUCACUGAUGCAAAACUUCUCCUUGCCUGUUUCUGAGAGCUGCAAAUGCUGUACGCCAGGGUUGCUAUCAGGAGACCAGCAAGGGAUUGAGAUGGGGAAUAGGAAGACUUGGCUUAUGAGCAGAGCUGCAUCCUUACGUCUGCUGGACCUGAGAUGGGUCUGACCAUCACUGCCUUAGCUGCAGGGGUUGUCUGACAGAUAUCAAGGCUAGGAGUGAAAUCAUACAUUUUUAGCUAUCGCAUCAGGCACAAGGGUUGGCCUUAAAUAGGUGGUCCAGCCUUGCUGCUUGCAUGCAUCCAUUCAUGGAUGGGGUGAUGACAUUGUGAGAGAGACCAUGCUAUAUCACCAAGGAGAUGUAUGUGUGGUAGUUUUGUCCCAUUCUGUCUAUGUUUCUGCCUAAUUCUACUUGCGAGGCGCAACUGUCAUCAGGCACAGAGAAUAACUUCCAGGCCUCAGCAUCCCAAUGCAAAUUCCCAGGAGCAGCCCCUCCCUUCCAAGCAGGGAACAAGAACUUACGAUUUCUUUUCCCUCUUGCAUAGUCUUAACACCGUUUUUAUUUUAACCUGGUGAGUUUGCAUUGGAGGAUAGUAUGGUGCCGGAGUGGCAUUAAGCUUCGCUGAGAAAUUUCCUAGGUGCUCUAUAUCAUUUCUGUCUUCUAGGAAAUUAGGAUGUGUGGUCAAGUGCCCAAGGAGGGUCUGUGAGGACAGUGAAGCAGACCUGGAUGGCCAUUGAUCCACAUUGGUCUCUCUGCAUCAUCAGUCCACAUUCGUGCAUAGUUGGCGUGGGUGGUCAUAUGGCCAGUCUUCGUCCUGAGUGGUACCCCACUCCAAUACUUCCUGUUCGUUUCCUGAUUUCAUUUCCUCCACCUUUGAUUGCGCUCGAUCUUUUAUGGUAAAGGAAGGAGGGUGUUGAGGUCUCUGAGCAUUGGGAUCUGGAAGGGCAGCCAUAAAUAAAAGUUGGUCUAGUUGAGUUAAAGUCAUAGAGCGCGCUGGUGUCUGUUCCCCCCCCCCCACCUCUCUGGGAGGUGUGAUAUACCUUAGUAUCCCUCUGUUCAUUUGUCUCACGCUGUGAGGUUCAGUGGCAAGGUUCUGAAAUCCAGCUGACGUUUAUUUGCUUUUAAGAUUGUGAAGGAUCUGGCCAGAAAUCAGCUUCGUUUUUGUUUCUGUUUUUGUUUUGUUUUUUUUUUUCCGUUGUUGGUUAUAAAACAAUUUGGCGUCGGCUCUUUAUAAAUAUCGGCUCUUUAUAAAUAUCAUAAACCGAGCAUUUAUACAUGUCUUUGGGGUCAAUAAGAAAGAGGAAAUACCAAGCAAGCAGCUAGAUGCCACACGGGAUUUCCAAAACUACUUGCUGCCUUUGCAGCAUCGAGAAAGGGGAUGUUCGAAUGACCUGAAUCUAGACGUGAGUCAAGAGGGAGGAUUGAAUGGUGGGGGUCUUCAGUGAGCCUAGACUUGGGACUCUGAUGAGUGACAUCAGAGGGAUGUGAGGUUGGCUGUGUGAAGCAGUACCUGUCGCUGAGAGACAGACUUGGAUCACUGACAAGCAUUACUGAAAGCAUGGGUUAUUCCCCUCCUCCUCAGUACCCACGCUCCGCCUUCCUUCUCUUGUUUAGACUAAUCUUUAAAAGUGAUGUAACUUAAAACAGUCCAGUGUGAGUUAAUCUUCAGGGCCAGCUAGUAUCCUGGGAGUCGAGGUGACUAAGAUCUUUUACCUACAGAUUAGAGUAAUGACAAGAUCAAACACUGGGGUUUCCUGCCGGCAGGUAUAUGGGAGCAGUGUAAAAGGCAGGCUAACGGAAUGGGCUUUUCCCCUUCCUCUUCAGGCCUUGUCGAGGACCAUGGCUGAACAACUUCUUCCUCAGGCUUUGUAUUUGAGCAAUAUGAGGAAAGCGGUGAAGAUACGAGAGAGAACCCCAGAAGACAUUUUCAAGCCUAGCAAUGGGAUCAUCCACCAUUUUAAAACCAUGCACCGGUACACACUGGAGAUGUUCAGAACGUGUCAGUUUUGCCCACAGUUUCGAGAGAUCAUCCACAAAGCACUUAUUGACAGAAGCGUCCAGGCUUCUCUGGAAAGCCAAAAGAAGCUCAACUGGUGUCGUGAAGUCAGGAAGCUCGUGGCUCUGAAAACCAACGGUGAUGGAAACUGCCUCAUGCAUGCAGCCUGUCAGUAUAUGUGGGGUGUCCAGGAUACUGACUUGGUCCUGAGGAAGGCCCUCUGCAGCACCCUUAAGGAGACAGACACUCGGAAUUUUAAGUUCCGCUGGCAGCUGGAGUCGCUGAAAUCUCAGGAAUUUGUGGAGACGGGACUUUGCUACGACACUCGGAACUGGAAUGACGAAUGGGACAACUUGGUCAAAAUGGCCUCAGCAGACACACCAGCAGCCCGGAGUGGACUUCAGUACAAUUCUCUGGAAGAAAUCCACAUAUUUGUCCUCAGCAACAUCCUCAGAAGACCCAUCAUUGUCAUCUCAGACAAAAUGCUAAGAAGUUUGGAAUCAGGUUCCAAUUUUGCUCCUUUGAAAGUGGGUGGGAUCUACCUGCCUCUCCACUGGCCUGCGCAGGAAUGUUACAGAUAUCCCAUCGUCCUUGGCUACGACAGUCAGCACUUUGUACCCCUGGUGACCCUGAAGGACAGUGGCCCUGAAAUUCGAGCUGUUCCACUUGUUAACAGAGAGCGGGGUAGGUUUGAAGACUUGAAGGUUCACUUUUUGACAGACCCUGAACAUGAGAUGAAGGAAAAGCUUCUCAAGGAGUACUUGAUGGUGCUGGAGAUCCCGGUGCAAGGCUGGGACCACGGCACGACUCACCUGAUCAAUGCUGCCAAGUUAGAUGAAGCUAAUCUACCCAAAGAAAUAAAUCUGGUAGACGACUACUUCGAGCUUGUUCAGCACGAAUACAAGAAGUGGCAAGAAAACGGCGAUCAGGGCAGGAGAGGGGCGCAUGCGCAGAACCCUUUGGAGGCUUCCACACCCCAGCUAUCACUCAUGGAUAUAAAAUGUGAGACGCCCAACUGUCCUUUCUUCAUGUCCGUCAACACUCAGCCUUUAUGCCACGAGUGCUCCGAGAGGCGUCAAAAGAACCAGAGCAAACUCCCAAAGCUGAACUCGAAGCUGGGCCCUGAGGGAGGACUCCCAGCGGUGGGACUUGGCUCCUCGAACUGGAACCCCGAGGAAACAGCUGGAGGCCCCCAUUCGGCCCCACCCACGGCCCCCAGCCUUUUCCUGUUCAGUGAGACCACUGCAAUGAAGUGCAGGAGCCCCGGGUGCCCUUUCACGCUGAACGUGCAACACAACGGAUUCUGUGAGCGUUGUCACAAUGCGCGGCAGAUGAGCGCCAGCCACACCGCAGACCCCGGUAAGUGCCAAGCCUGCCUUCAGGAUGUCACUCGGACGUUUAACGGCAUCUGUAGUACCUGUUUCAAAAGGACUACGGCAGAGCCCACCUCCAGCCUCACUUCCAGUGUCCCUCCCUCCUGUCACCAGCGCUCCAAGUCUGACCCCUCACAACUCAUCCAAAGUCUCACCCCACACUCUUGCCACCGAACUGGAAAUGCCGUCCCCUCUGGCUACCUUUCCCAGACAUCACGGACUCCAGCAGACAGAACUGGGACAAGCAAGUGCAGAAAAGCUGGCUGCAUGUAUUUUGGGACUCCGGAAAACAAGGGCUUUUGCACGCUAUGUUUCAUCGAAUACAGAGAAAAUAAACAGUCUGUCACCGCCUCUGGGAAAGCCGCUUCCUCGGCCCCCAGAUUCCAGAACAACAUCCCGUGCCUGGGCAGGGAGUGUGGCACCCUGGGAAGCACCAUGUUUGAAGGGUACUGUCAGAAGUGUUUCAUUGAAGCUCAGAACCAGAGAUUUCAUGAAGCCAAAAGGCCUGAAGAACAACUGAGAUCAAGCCAGCGUAGAGAAAUGCCUCGAACCACACAGGGAGCCUCAAGGCCGAAGUGUGCCCGGGCCUCUUGCAAGAACAUCCUGGCUUGUCGCAGUGAGGAACUCUGUAUGGAGUGCCAGCACCUAAGCCAGCGAAUAGCUUCUUUGGCCCACCGGGGUGAGCCCACUCCUGAAGAGCCCCCUAAGCAGCGCUGCCGGGCCCCUGCUUGCGAUCACUUUGGCAAUGCCAAGUGUAAUGGUUACUGCAAUGAGUGCUACCAGUUCAAGCAGAUGUACGGCUAAGUGCGGACACAUUGAUUGGUCCCGGAAGAAGGGGGCCUCAAACUGCCAGCCAGAGUGGUGCUGUCGUCCAGACCCCUGAGUGCCACGGGAAGGGUGGGCCCUGGGACAGUGGCUUCAAGUGUCUUUGAGCAAAGUAGACCAGAUAAGCUCUUCCCUCAUCAUGGCCAUGGCCGUCCGGUUGGUAACCAAGACUGUGUCCUGGUGGGCUGAGAGUAGACCUGGUUACCGGCAGUGCAUGAGGUCGGGUUCAGUCUGAAGCUGUCGCUGCUCCACCUACCAGGAGGCUGGGGAGAUCUUCAAUGCAAGCGAAGACUGGCAGCGGUUCCUGAGCCUGGCUGCCAGGAAACAGGAAGAAAGGAAGGUGGGCUGGCGACUGGGACUAUCCUGCUGUCCCCUGGAAGCUUUUCUCGGAGAGCCAAAGCUAAAUUCCAGAGCACCGAGGCCCUCCUCCGCAAGAUGCUAGGGGAAGCUCAGGGAAAACGGACAUCGGCAGAGCGCAUCUGUGGCCACUGGGCUUCCCUACCUGCCAACAUGGCUCCCAAGGUUCUGCAGGAAAACAGAGCCACACACAGACUGUGAUCCUGAGGCUGCUGCUGAAAUGAGACAUGUGCACAUGGAGACACAACGAGCUGCUCUUGACUGUAUGCACCUUCUAGACAGUAGACCGUCUUAGUGGGAAGACAAACCAGCGUUGGUCAUUGUUGUCCUCCAGUCCGAAGAGAGUAGUUUGGACUGAGGUGUGUAUCAGAGUGUGUACAAAUGUAAUAUACCCUUAUAUUAUGUAUGAGGGAUUUUUAAGACAUUGAAAUGGUGCCCUAGAGGUAGACUGAAUAAUAAUAACCUAUUUUCUGGUUGUUGUCAGGUUGCCCCUGACAGCUUGUUAUGUGAAUUCAACAAGCUGCCUUCUUAAAGGGAGCCUUCAUUCUGCCUUAUUUAUUUUGAACUUCAGAAUUAUUUAAAUGAAGAGUCCCUUCCACAGUAUUCUCUUGAAAUAACAUAUUUGCUUUUCACCAUGUCCCGGGAACCCGGCGAGUUCCUGGCCCCAGAGUGUGGUGGGGUGAUUGUCUUCUCUCUACUUGUUGCCUCCCUAGGAAAGAAGGGGUUGCUUUCUGAACAAAGCCUGUAGAAUCUGAUGCUUCUUAUGACUCCCUGGCUGCACAAGAAGAAAACGUUCUGUCUUCCAUAGAUGUUUCUAAGUAUCCUACCUCUUUGAAGAAAAAUAGGAAUGGAGUGAGGUGACAGUGGGACAGGACACAGAAAUAUGUGUCCUUUCACGACCUUUGCUUACUAUGUAAAUGCUGUGCCCCUUGGGUACCGGAUCGGAACAUUGAGAUAGCAAAGCCAGUAGCCAUGAGGAUGAGGAGGUUUCUGCCAUUGGCUCGCAGCUUCUCUGUGUGCUUUGGACUUGCGCAGGAGGGAAAUGCAGCUGUGCAGGGGUCAAGGCUGACAUCUGGGGUCUGGCCCAGCACCUGACGAUACUUGUGAUGUCGAGCUCUACCUAGCCUUUUCUCUUCAUAUCUGCUGCGUGUCCUUCCCUGACGUACAUCUUUGUCCUUCUUCCCCAAAGAUGUCAAAUACAAUGCAUCUUCAUCUAGUUCUUUCAGAGUUAAUAGCCUAUUAUUUUGUGUUUAUUUGAUAUUUUCAUUGUUAAUGUGAAAUCAUGAAAUUAUUUAUACUUAUUAUAGAAAGUAUGUGAAAUUUGCACAGUUGUCUUUCAAAGUAUGGGGUCUACCUUUUUCGGACUUCAGAUUACCUUGAACUGUAACUUCACAAAAGUCAAUAUUAAAAGAAUAAAUUAUUUAAGAACAAA